AUGCUUUUGCCCCAGACUGCAACAUACUUUACACCUGACUUCACCCUCCAUGACGCCGAGGGGCUUGCCAAACGCUACAUCGUCAAUGAUACCCUAAGUGGACGUCCGAAAGUCAAGUGUUUCUGCAGCGGCUGCGGGUGCACUAUUUUCACGAUUCCUGCGAGUGACGGGGACGAGGAGAUAGUUGUAAGGACGGCACUUAUUGAGGAUGGCCUGGAACUUUUCAAACCCACCAUCGAGUGCUACGUGAGAAACCGACCAAGCUAUUUCUCUGCUACCGCGACGGGCAAACAGUAUGGCCUUUUGCCUUGA